AUCCAGCAGUAUGUCUACAGGAGGCUGUGGCAGCAGCUCACCGGUGCCCCCUACCCUACACAGAUGAACUACACCCACUGCUCUGACAGCAGCACCAAUGUCAGCUCCAUUCACCAGGAGAUCCAGAAGGAGACAUCUCUGUUUCUCUUCUACAGUGAGCUGUGUUUCCUCUUCCCUAGUCUCCUCUCCUCCCUACUCCUGGUCUCCUACAGCGACCACCGCGGCAGGAAGGUGUCGAAGCUGGGUGGUAUGUCCAUCUUCAUCCUGUAUGAGCUGAAUGCUCCUCUGUGUUGGAGUGAGGUGUUGGUUGGCUAUGGUUCAGCCUUGUCUACACUCAUCUACCUGGGGAGCUUUGCAGGGGUGUCCCUGCUGUCGCGCUGUCUUCGGGACGGGUAUAUAGUACUACUGGGACUGCUGUCUGUCGCUGCAGGACUACUGAUGGCAGCCUUCGCCAAGAGCACGUUGCUCAUGUUCCUAGUGCGGCUGCCUCUCCUUCUCUCCAUCAUGCCUGCUCCUGUUCUGAGGUCCAUGAUGUCCAAGAUAGUACUCCGCUCUGAACAGGGUGCAGUGUUUGCCUGUGUUGCAUUCGUGGAGAUGCUGAGUAUAGGUGUUGGGAUCACCAUGUUCAGCAGUACCUACGCCUCCACUGUCUCCUGGUUCCCUGGAUUCAGCUUCCUGCUGGCCUCAGCCAUCGCACUCAUACCGGCUGUUCUGAUUGGGGUGGUAAUGUGUCUGCGACUGGACAAGGAUGAAGAGGCCAGUCGACUAACAGCUGAUGAUGAUGAGGAGGAGACAGAGAGCUGUGGACAGUCACUACAGCUACCACACUGAGCUACCACACUGAGCUACCACACUGUGUGAGCUACCACACUGAGCUACCACACUGAGCUACCACACUGAGUGAUUUACCACGCUGUGUGAGCUACCACACUGAGCUACCACACUGUGUGAGCUACCACGCUGUGUGAGCUACCACACUGAGCUACCACACUGUGUGAGCUACCACACUGAGCUACCACACUGAGCUACCACAAUGAGCUACCACACUGAGUGAUUUACCACACUGAGUGAUUUACCACACUGUGUGAGCUACCACACUGAGCUACCACACUGAGCUACCACACUGAGUGAUUUACCACACUGAGUGAUUUACCACACUGAGUGAUUUACCACACUGAGUGAUUUACCACACUGAGUGAUUUACCACACUGAGCUACCACACUGAGUGAUUUACCACACAGUGAUUUACCACACUGAGCUACCACACUGAGUGAUUUACCACACUGAGCUACCACACUGAGUGAUUUACCACACUGAGCUACCACACAGUGAUUUACCACACUGAGUGAUUUACCACACUGAGCUACCACACUGAGUGAUUUACCACACAGUGAUUUACCACACUGAGUGAUUUACCACACUGAGCUACCACACUGAGUGAUUUACCACACUGAGUGAGCUGACCCUUUUGUAGAUGAAUGAUUGAUGACAUUAAAAACACACCCAUCUGCCGGGUCAACCCAGAGUGAAUGAAAACCCUUCUGUCAAAUAUGAAUGCAUGAAUAACUGUCAGUCACGUUUGACUAAAAUGUCAGCUAAAUGGUAUAUAUUGUAGAAUUGAAAAACAAUACAGAAUAAUUGAGUAAA